AUGAAAGGCCAUAGAGAUGAAUCUGGUAUGGUUCUGGAUAUUAGAACCCUCAGCUCUCCAGCCAGGAGUGUUGGCUUGAACCGGUUCACUGAUGAAAGCGUUGAAGCUGCUGCAUCUGUGUCAGGUACUGAUGUUACCUGUGAAAAUCAAACUAAUGUAGAAGACAGUUUGAAGAAGAUCAACUUUGCUUUGCAGGAUUCUAUGAAUAAGGAGCGAGAAGAGCAGAAGAGGCAACUCGAUUAUAUUGCUUCACAGCUGAAUUUCCUGACAAAAGAGAGAGAAGAGUUGAAGAGGAAGCUAGUGGACUUUGCUCACUAUGCGCAACAAGGUUGGCUGUAUUUCAACGGCAGUUUCUAUUAUAUUUCUUCAAUCACGAAAACUUGGCAAGACAGUAGAGAUGACUGUUUGCAGAGAGGCGCAGUCUUGGCGAUCAUCAGCAACACAGAAGAACAGGAAUUCAUAAGGCUGCAGCAGAAGGUAAUGUGGAUUGGACUGACUGACAGAGAGACAGAAGGAGUUUGGAAAUGGGUGGAUGAGACUCCAUUGACGGCAAGCUUCUGGUACUCUGGGGAACCCAACAAUUUUAAACACAGAAAUGAAGAUUGUGUAGUAAUAAAUCACUACUAUGAUUAUGAAAACAACUGGAAUGAUGCUGCAUGUGAAAACCUAAACUUUUGGCUCUGUGAAAAAGACAUGUGAAACAUGUGGGUUACAGUUUUGCUUUGUUCCUGCUAAAUAGUUUUAAUAAAAUAU